AGGGGGCGGGGCUAGUGGAGAUAGAGGAAGUGGCUCAGCUGAACCUUGGAUCACACCAACGUAAUUCAUUUGUGUUUGGCUUUGCUAAUAACUCACAGGGAAAGGAACCCGAGUUUGCACAGUGACACCAUGGCAACAGAGGGGGAGCCGACAGACUUGAUCAAAGUGCUACACCUCCUGGUGCUCUCUUUCUCCUGGGGCAUGCAGGUGUGGGUCUCCUUCAUCGCAGGCUUUGCGCUGGUGUGGCAGGUAACGUUGCACACCUUUGGCCUGGUGCAGAGUAAACUCUUCCCUGUAUACUUCUACUGUCUGCUGGGUAGCAACUUUGUCAGCCUGGCUGUGUACGCUGUGUACCACCCCAGAGAGCUGCUGGACUGGCAUGAAAGUGUGCAGAUGGUUCUGUACUUUGUGGCGCUGAUCAUGGCAGGUCUGAACGCCCAGUGGUUCGGCCCGGCGGCCACAGAGGUCAUGUUCCAGAUGAGGGAGGUGGAGAAGGAGCACGGCCUGGGGAAUCAGAUAGGCCUGGGCAGCCAGAAAGAGGCGUACGCCAAGCUCAAAGAGCAGGACCCCAAGUACAGAGCCUACAAGAGAACCUUCGGACGCUACCACGGCUUGUCCAACCUCUGCAACCUGAUCGGCUUCAUCUGCACCACAGUGAAUCUGAUCUACACAGCCUUGAAUUUAUCCACCAUUUAGAGAGGAGCAGGAUUCAGGCUUCAAUUUAUGAAAAAUGUCUCAGUCUUUUUCUGCAGUCAUCACAGUAUUUCAUAUGAUAAGGUAGAAAUGAUGUUUGAUGAAUCUGGAAGGACAGUACGGACUUGAGUUCAACUUAAUUAGACAGAAUUCUGCAUCACUGUCGGAGCCACUGGUGGAGCUGGAGCUGUCCCAAGUGUCCUUAUGAGUGAGGAGGCCUUUGCCACCGAGUUCACUACUGUUGUUCACUUGAUUCUGUCAGUUAAGCACUUUUCAUCCUGUCAAUCAGUAACUAAUUAAUGCUAUGUCACAAAAUAAGAUGUAUUUUUGCAUUUUUAUAAACCUGAUUUUAAUAUUUGACUUUAUGACAGAUGAUGUCACCCCCUGUUACAACUGCAUUUUCUUUAAAAACACGGAAAAGUGAAUGAGCACACCUCGGGUGCUCUGUGCGUCCCCAGCAGGGGGUGAUGUUUAGACACUGGUGUUUUCAAGGAAAGUUUGUAUCUCCAUUUCUGAGCCCAGCAUAACACACAGCAUUACAUUUGUUUUCUUAAAUGUUGUGUUCCAGAUAUUGUGAUGGAAAUGUGUUUUAACUUUGUCAACGAUGGUGAAUUAACACAGUGAUUAUGAGA